GUCGCGCGCACGGGCCGGGCGUCUCGGCUCCGCGCGCGCCCGGCGGGUCCCAGCGCCCGGGCGGAGAGCGGAGGCGGCGGCGAGCCAGCCGGGCUGCGGGAGCCGCCUGUGCGCGGCGGCGGCGAGGGUGGCGGUCGCCUGAGCGGCGGGAGCCGGGACGGCGCGGAUUCCGCCUCCCCGAGGGUGAUGAAGCUGCCCUGCUUCGCUGCCCCGCUCGCCGCCAGCUGACACCGCCUGCACGCGUGCCUGCCCGGAGGGAGACGCGGCGGGGCCGUGACCUUGGCUCCGGAGCGCAGACUGAUAAUCCCCGUGUCCCAGCUCGAACCCAGCGUGGGUGACAUGGCCCAAGGGAAUAAUUACGGGCAGACCAGCAACGGCGUGGCGGAUGAAUCACCCAACAUGCUGGUGUACAGAAAGAUGGAAGACGUCAUAGCACGCAUGCAAGAUGAAAAAAAUGGAAUUCCUAUUCGAACUGUCAAAAGCUUUCUUUCCAAGAUCCCCAGUGUCUUCUCCGGGUCAGACAUUGUUCAAUGGUUAAUAAAGAACUUAACUAUCGAAGAUCCAGUGGAGGCGCUCCACUUGGGGACAUUGAUGGCUGCCCACGGCUACUUCUUCCCCAUCUCGGAUCACGUCCUCACACUCAAGGAUGAUGGUACCUUCUACCGGUUUCAAACUCCCUAUUUUUGGCCAUCAAAUUGCUGGGAGCCAGAAAACACAGACUAUGCGGUUUACCUCUGCAAGAGAACGAUGCAGAACAAGGCGAGGCUGGAGCUGGCCGACUAUGAAGCUGAGAGCCUGGCCAGGCUGCAGAGGGCGUUCGCCCGGAAGUGGGAGUUCAUCUUCAUGCAAGCCGAAGCCCAAGCGAAAGUGGACAAGAAGAGAGACAAGAUCGAGAGGAAGAUCCUGGACAGCCAGGAGCGAGCAUUCUGGGACGUGCACCGACCUGUGCCUGGAUGUGUAAAUACCACCGAAGUGGACAUUAAGAAGUCGUCCCGAAUGAGAAACCCACACAAAACACGGAAGUCUGUCUAUGGUUUACAAAAUGAUAUCAGAAGUCACAGUCCUACCCACACACCCACACCAGAAACCAAACCUCCAACAGAAGAUGAGUUACAACAACAGAUAAACUAUUGGCAAAUCCAGUUAGAUAGACAUCGGUUAAAAAUGUCAAAAGUUGCUGAUAGUCUGCUAAGUUACACGGAACAGUAUUUAGAGUAUGACCCAUUUUUCGUGCCACCUGACCCUUCUAACCCAUGGCUGUCUGAUGAUACUACUUUCUGGGAACUCGAAGCAAGCAAAGAGCCAAACCAGCAGAGGGUGAAGCGAUGGGGCUUUGGCAUGGAUGAAGCGUUGAAGGACCCCGUCGGCAGAGAACAGUUCCUUAAAUUUCUAGAGUCAGAAUUCAGCUCAGAAAACUUACGGUUCUGGCUAGCAGUGGAGGACUUGAAGAAGAGGCCCAUCAGAGACGUCCCCUCCCGAGUUCAGGAAAUAUGGCAAGAGUUUCUGGCUCCAGGCGCCCCCAGUGCCAUUAACUUGGAUUCCAAGAGCUAUGACAAAACCACACAGAACGUGAAGGAGCCGGGACGAUACACGUUCGAAGAUGCUCAGGAGCACAUUUACAAACUGAUGAAAAGUGACUCGUACCCACGGUUCAUAAGAUCCAGUGCCUAUCAGGAGCUUCUGCAGGCCAAGAAGAAGGGGAGAUCUCUCACGUCAAAGAGGUUAACAAGCCUUGUUCAGUCUUACUAAAAAGAUCAUCCUGUAGCAUGGAAGCAGACUGAGUCAUUGCAUAUCCUUUGUAGCUCUUUGUUGUUACCUGGAGCAGAGGACAUUAGACCAAGAUGUUGCAUGAGCAAAGGACCUGAAUUGUUCUUCCUUUGUGUGCACUAAGGCGUUGCCAUCUCCAAGGGACCCGAGCAUCUCAACGCCUCCAUUUCAAACUGUUGUCUGCUUGCUUCGUACUAAACCAGAUCUGUGUCUUUUCCAUUUUAUCGAGUUCCAGUGAAGUAAACCUUUUACUCCUUCCCCUCCUUUCUCUCUCUUUCUCGUAGAGCUUCUGCUAGACACACAGCUCACUGAAAAUUCAGCCAGUCACAAACUGGAAGAAUUGUAAAAGAAAAAAAACAACAAAAAAACAUGUAUCAAUAAGUAUCCAUAUGGCUUCUCAUUUACUCAACAAUAAAUUAGCACAGAAAGUUUCAUUUCACCAAUGUAUUCACAGAAACAAGCUCAGAUCUUUGUCUAUUGUCUGUACAUUCUCAGUUAAUGUUUCUUGCAUUUAUUUUUAUACUGUGUUUAAAUAAGAAAACACCUUUUACUCCAAAUGGAUUAAAGUUGAUCCCUUCUCUGUAAAUUUGUGUAUGUUUAUAUUGUUGUUUUAUCUUUCAUUAAAAGAUGCAGAAACUC